AGAAGAAAAAGAAGAAGCAGCAUAGAGGAAGCGGUUCGGUCGGAAGCAGGACUCACACCGACCUGUCCGCAGAUAUCACCUCGUUUUUAAACGGCCAGAUGAGUCUGGCACCGGCGAGGAGAAACCAGAGCUGAUAUUUCACGAGCAGAAAUGGCGACCGACGAGAUAGACUACAACAUCGUGUUUCCAGAUGCUGGGACGUCGGAGAGACACUGGCAGGGGACAAAGGAGCCGGUGGUGAUCCUGCUGGGCUGGGCUGGAUGCAAAGACAAGCACCUCUCCAAGUACAGCUCCAUCUACAACGAACAGGGAUGUGUCACCAUCCGCUACACAGCCCCCUUAAAGACGGUCUUCAUCUCGGAGUCGUUUGGCUACAAGGAGCUGAGCAGCACGGCCCUCAAGCUGCUGGAGAUCCUCUACGACUACGAGGUGGAAAACAGUCCCAUUUUCUUUCACAUAUUCAGUAACGGCGGCUUCAUGCUCUACCGUUACAUCAUCGAGUUGUUGCACACGGACAAACAGUUCAGUUCACUUUGCGUGAUCGGGGCGGCGGUGGACAGCGCCCCGGGCAACGCGAACAUCCGCGGCGCCCUCCGUGCACUGACGGCCAUCUUAGGGCCAAAAAUAACUCCAGUUUUAAGAUACGUCCUCCUCACGCUUUUCGUCGUGACUGUGUUCCUCCUGCGAAUCGUACUGUAUCCACUGACCAAGUACAUCCAUAAGAACCACUACGACGCGGUUCAGGAAAAUCCGCCCUCCUGGCCUCACUUCUACCUGUACUCCAGAGCUGACCAGGUGAUCCGGCACAGGGACGUGGAGCUCUUCAUGGAGACGAUAAAGCAGAAAGGCGUCCCCGUCGACAGUUUCGAUUUCCACUCCAGCCCCCACGUCAGCCACUUCCUGAAAUUUCCUGAGCAGUACACUCUCAAGUGCCGCGAUUUCCUGGCCGCAUGCAUGAAGAACUUGGAGUCGACCGAAAUCAAAAGGAGACGACAUGUUGAAAGCCAAUGAAACUCGACAGGAACCUCACAAGAUUUUGCUCAGCAGUAUUUUCUUGAUCCUGAGUUGAAAAAAAAAAAAAAAUGAGAACGUUUUUGAAAAUGACGAAUAUUUCAGCAAAAUCUGAUUUACUUGUGUAUCUCUCCAAUGUUUCCCCAUUCUAGUGCACUUAAUAAAACAGUUCUCCAGGUGUUGUGUAAAGGGGCUACACUUAACAUACAAACACUGUUAACUCACACAUUUACUUUGGUGAUGAUCUCUAACAACAAAUACAAUAAAAACUGAUGCUUUACACUGGGAAAUUGGGAAUUAAACCCUUUAGGAUUGUUUAAAUGGUAUUCAAUAUUACUGUGAAAUGUGAUGCAUUGUAGAUUAGUAGUAGUGAAUCUAAAACUAAUGAGGCUGGUUGUCUUCUAUUUAUUAAAUUGAAUAUAUAUUUAUGGUUUAAAUCCUAUAACUGAACAAAAAAUAAGUAUGCAGAGGCAAAUAUAAAUUAUGAUUGUGUGGCUUUUUUUUUUUUGGAAAAAUGUUUAAAAAUUGUUGCCUGAAACCAAUUUAGCGGGAAUGAAAUUCCUUUCCCAAAACAGAUGUUAAAUAUUGAGCCCAAAUAGUGAAUUCUAAGUGUUUUCAGUUCAAGGACAAAGCUGAUUGACCAUGAAUGUACAUGUCCAACACAACUAACGUGUUCUUUUUAACUGAUGUGCCUUCAAUAAACCAGAAUGCUCAUGAAAGCUC